CCCGACCCCCUCCCCUGGAAUAUGAUUCCCAUUCUACUAUUAGUUUCCUUUUUUCCUUUUUGGAUGUGCAAUUCAGAAGGAAGAUGUUGUGGGUAGACCAGGGUUUCACCUUGGCAAGAACCUCCCCAAAUCUGCCACUCGUGCCUUCGUCGAGAACCUCAGAGUAUUAGCACCUAAGGGAGCUGCUUCAAUAUGUUAUAGUAACACACCUCCUUCCUCGGCCCAAGAAGGACAGCGCGUCUGCCAGCAAGAGCGGCGGUGUCAAAGCAGGAGUGAAUUUCAAGACUAGGAUCUACCAUUUUUGCCUUCACACUGGUGGAAAGGCGGUUAUCGACGGGGUGGGAAAGAGUUUGGGGCUGACGGAGUACGACUUGGAACCAACAAGGAGGCCAAGAAGAGGUUGAGAAGAGGUGACAGGGUGAUGAUGAUCAGCUUCGGGGGAGGUUUCAAGUGCAACAACUGCCUUCUUGAGGUUGUUAGGGAUUUGGAGGGUGAAAACGUGUGGAAGGAUUUUAUUGCUAAUUACCCUCCAAAAACCCUAGUCAAUCUGUUCAUGAGCGAGUAUGGGUGGAUUAACAAUGAGACGAAGGAGACAUUUGAUUUUGAAGAAGCGGUGGAUAGCUACAAGCAAAAUUUCUGAAUUUGCUACAAAAUUUUCAUGCAUUUUUCUGAAUUUGCUACAAAAUUAUUAUGAUUUCUGCAUUUUUUAGUGUUUUCAUGCAUUUUUUGAUUUUUUUUUAUUUUUAUUAGGAGCAAAAUUGGAAAUCAUGGCUGAUUCCGAUUUCAGCCUCUUAAUGACCAAACAGCAUCAAUAGAAAUUCGAUUCUGAUUCUUGUUUGAACCAAACAGAUCGACGCAGCUCUUCGGAUCAAACAAACCAACAAGAUCAAUCUGUUUCGCUGCGCAUCUUUGUGUCGAUAUUUUCCAAAUAAUUUUGGUUAAUUCUCCGGCCGUUCAUUUGAUGCUUAAUUGAGUCUGGUUUGCAAACUUUGUUCAUAUAAAUUAUAGGUACAUAAAUGGAGGUGGAGUAUCAAGAGGACUACAUCAGAAACUCCAGAGGAGUGCGACUCUUUACUUGCAGAUGGUUACCUCCUUCGUCGCCGAAGGCUCUUGUUUUCCUCUGCCAUGGGUACGGGAUGGAAUGCAGUGAUUUCAUGAGAGGAUGUGGAACGAGACUAGCGGGCGCAGGAUAUGCAGUGAUAGGGAUGGAUUACGAAGGGCACGGACGGUCCAUGGGAGCCCGAUGUUACAUUAAGAAGUUCGACAAUGUGGUGAACGACUGCUACGCCUUCUUCAGAUCUGUUUGUGAUCAAAGGGAGUACGGAGACAAGAAAAGGUUCUUGUAUGGAGAGUCCAUGGGAGGUGCCGUCACGCUGCUGCUCCACAAAAGGGAUCCUACUUUCUGGAAUGGUGCCCUCCUUGUUGCCCCCAUGUGUAAGAUAUCAGAGAAGGUGAAGCCCCACCCGGUGGUUGUGAACCUCUUGACCAAAAUGGAAGAGAUCAUACCCAAAUGGAAGAUAGUCCCCACAAAAGACGUCAUUGAUUCUGCCUUCAAAGACCCCAUCAAGCGAGAAGAGAUCCGAACCAACAGGUUGAUAUAUCAAGACAAACCUAGACUAAAAACAGCGCUGGAAUUGCUCAGAACUAGUAUGAGCUUGGAGGACAGCCUAAGCGAGGUGACAAUGCCAUUUUUUGUGCUACACGGGGAGGCAGACACAGUGACAGAUCCAGAAGUGAGCCGAGCACUGUAUGAACAAGCAGGGAGUACAGACAAGACCAUGAAGUUGUACCCAGGAAUGUGGCAUGGCUUGACAUCCGGGGAGCCAGACGAUAACAUAGAUAUUGUUUUUGCUGACAUUAUAGACUGGCUUGACAAGAGGAGUGGCAUUGAUACUGCCUUGUUGACCUCUGCUCAACCAACUUUCCAACAAAUUAAUCAACCAUUAGAACAACAAUCUGUACACACAAAACAGAAUAAAACAGUUAAUGGGCAGCAGCAGCAACAACAACAGCAGCACAAAAAGCAAACACGCCAACAUAAGAGUUAUCUUUGUGGAUGGAAGGUUCGGCGAAUGCACUACCAUUCUUCCAUGUAGCUCUAUGCUAGGUUCUCUGCUCUUCUCACAUCACUAUAGUAUUUAUAUUUGUUCAAAGAAGAAGAAGGUAUACAAAUAAAAUGGAAUAACCAAAAAAAAGGAACAAAAGAGAAAUAGAAAUAGUCAGAAUUAGCGAUGAUUAUGAGGAUUUUGUAAAAUAUAAUACGUGAUUACAUAGAAUGGAAGCAGUGGUUGCUAUAUUCACAGUAGGGCGAA